AUAUCUGUGUUUUACAUUUUAGAUGGCAAAAUGUGGCUUCAGCAAGCAAAUCCUAGAAAUCAUGAAUAACACCGGCGUGGACUACGAGACCUUUGACAUCCUGGAGGACGAGGAGGUGCGCCAGGGGCUGAAAUCCUUCUCCAACUGGCCCACGUACCCCCAGCUCUACGUCAAGGGGGAGCUGGUGGGGGGGCUGGACAUUGUCAAGGUAGGAGCUGCUUUUAUUUGCAAUAAAAACUCCAUUUAUUGCAUUUCAAAUUUCCAUUUCUAGGAGUUUUCCUGCCUG